UCAGCGUGCUGCUGUCAAAGUUCUUUUCCGUUUCCUCUUCAACGAAGCGCAGUCAAGAUGAAAGCUAAAGGAGUGCUGAAAGAAUACCAGGUGAUCGGGCGCAAGCUGCCGUCGGAGCGCGAACCGAACCCGCCGCUCUUCAAGAUGCACAUCUUCGCUCCGGACCAGAUUGUGGCCAAGUCGCGUUUCUGGUACUUUUUGCGCCAGCUGCGCAAGUUCAAGAAGGCCACCGGCGAGAUCGUGUCGGUGAAGCGCAUCAUGGAGAAGACGCCGCUGAAGGUGAAAAACUUUGGCAUCUGGCUGCGGUACGAUUCGCGUUCCGGAACGCACAACAUGUACCGCGAGUAUCGUGAUCUGACCGUCGGUGGUGCCGUGACGCAGUGCUACAGCGAUAUGGCUUCCCGUCACCGUGCCCGUGCCCAUUCGAUUCAGGUCAUCAAGGUGGAAGCGAUCGCGGCUUCGAAGACGCGCCGUGCUCACAUUAAGCAGUUCCACGAUUCGAAGAUUCGUUUCCCACUCGUCCAGCGCUAUCACCACAAGCGCUACCGGAAGCUGUUCUCGUACCGCCGCCCGGUUACCUACUACAUGUAAGGUGUUCUGCCCUGUUACAC